GUCGCUGGCGAUAUCGCGAGUCCUGCAUCGCGCCGGCUUUAUUAGCGCAAAAUUUAAUAGCGAUUCCGAUCGUCCUUGUGAGGAUAUCGCUUUGAGUAACUGCUCGUUAUCCGGAAAAUACUGUGUUUAUGCGAUAUUUUGUUCCGGCUGGUUGUUGGAAUCGUAAAUUGAUGGCUCUUGCGGUGAUUUUAAUUUGUCGUGAUGUCAGUUUCGGUGCAAUGGAUGUUGUUUUGUAUUGAAAAUAUGUGAAGGUAUCGUAAGGAAAUGGACAUCAAUGUGAUCGAACAUUAUGCGGCCCUUGUCAAUAACACCUCUAAUAUUACACCUUUUUUUGAAUCUGCAAUGUUCGCGCCAGUUCAAUCCCGACGAUGACUACUUCGAGAAGCCGAAAUACAACGAAGACGUCUUCCAGCCGGCCAGCGUGUUUUUGGGCGAGGACGAAACCGGCUGCAUAUGCAGGGAAGUCCCCGAAGUGUCCACGUUGUGCUUCGGAAGAUCCUCCUGCGAUGAUUUACCGAUUCGAAUAAACAUCACGACGAGCGCGCUGAGCAUCGUGAGCACUCACAUAUCGCGCAUAGAUUACGGCGAUUUGAGCCAUUUGGACUUUUUGAUCGAUCUAAAGCUGGAGGGAAACUACAAUUUGACGGAAAUAUCGCCGGGGAUUUUCGAGAACUUCACCAAAUUGGAGAACCUCUCGAUAAGCUUCAAUCCCAACUUGAAGACGUUGCAUUCGCAGACUUUCAAGGGAUUGAACAAUUUGAAGCAGCUGUUUCUGAUGAAAAACGGGUUUACUCGCCUAUACGACAUCGCGUUACCUUUAUCCCCAAUCAUACUACCUACGUUACUGAAACUCUCGCUAACAGAGAAUAAAUUUAUGAGGAUAGAAGAGGAGGAUUUUUCGCCGAUGCAGUAUUCGCGAUUGGAGGAGCUGGAUUUGGUGUUGUGUCGAUUGGCUUACAUUCAUCCCAAAGCGUUGCUUCCGUUGAGGAAUUUGCAGGCGCUGCGCUUGGGCGAGAACAUUUUCAACGCCACAACUAUCAGCAGAGUGUUGAGGACGAUGGUAGAUAACGAAAUCCCGCUGAAACUGCUCAAUUUGAAUUCAGCGGGAUUUAGAGCGCGAGUGCCUAAGCAACUAUUGGGCGCCGUCGCGGCGUCGAGCAUAACCCAUUUGAAUCUGGCCAAGAACCAGUUCGAAGUUAUACCGUCGGGCGUGUUUCCGUUGAUGCCCAAUCUGCGAGUGCUGGACUUGAAAGGGGAUUUGAUAUCGGAUAUUGCGGAUGAUGCGUUCGAGAAUUUGCCGUAUCUGGAGUACCUGAUUCUCUCCGACAACGUUCUCCCGUCUUUACCGAAGGGAGCCUUGCUGAGGAACUUGAAAAAAUUGGAUCUUCAACGGAACUCCGUCACCAGCACCACGGCGUCGUAUUUCGAAAUGCCCGUUGGGGUUUUUUCCGAUAUGGAAAACUUGGAGUUUUUGAAUUUGAACUCGAACAACUUGGCGCACAUUUUUCGCGGUAGCUUCAGGGGAUUGUCGAAUUUGAAGGAUUUAAUACUGAGCAACUGCACCAUUUUUCACAUCGAAGAUAUGACGUUUUCUGGUUUGAAAAAACUGACGUCUUUGCAUUUGGAAAAUAACUUCUUCACGCUUAACAAUCCGGAUUGCAUUUCGGAAAAUCUAUUCGUCGGUCUCGAAAAUCUAGAAACUCUACUGCUCGGAGGUAACAACAUAAAUUAUCUGUCGAAAAGCGGGAAUCCUUUCAAGAGGCUGAAAUCGCUGAAAGUUCUUAGUUUAGAAAGAAACUUUUUAACGAGCAUCGACCCCGAGCAAUUUUUCUACAAUCGCGAUUUGCGAUACAUGGACUUGUCUUAUAAUUUGUUCAAAACGUGGCAUAGCAUGAUUUUCGAAUAUAACGAAAGACUCGAAGUGCUCAUCUUAGAUCACAACAAACUCACCCAUUUCACACCUGCUAUGUUAGAGGAUUUCACGGAUCUAACAAAGCUGAGUUUAGCGUAUAAUUCGCUAAACUGCGAUUGCAAUACUUAUAAGAAAUUCAAAGACUAUUCUUUGGAGCACAGCGAAGAGAAUAUCUUAAAAAUCCUGAAAUCUUCUAACGCUUAUUGUUUAACACCUUACACAACAACAAACCACGUUAUCGUGGAUUUCGUAGACUUUAUCAACACUGCAGAUGAAGGCUCGAUAAACUGUGAUAUAGACGAUCGCAUCAUCGUACUGUUACCACUAUUUUUGUUAGUGCUAUUAUUUUUAUGUUUAGGAUUCUUGUGCUUCUACUACAGGUGGCACAUCAAAUACUGGAUGUUCCUGGCCAGGUUGCACCUCAGCAGGCGAGGCAAACUAACCACGAAGAAACCGAAUUGCCCUGAGUACAAAUACGAAUACGACGCGUUCGUUUCCUACAGCGCCGAAGAUCGCAACUUCGUCGUCAGGAUGGUGGCGAUGCUCGAAAACCACGAGCCCUUCCUGAAGCUCUGCGUCUACGAGAGGGACUUCCGCGCCGGCAAGUUCAUCUCCGACUGCGUGCUGAAGUGCAUCGCGAGGAGCCGGAAGACGCUGCUGGUGAUCAGCGACAACUACGCCAAGUCGCAGUGGUGCCGAUGGGAGAGCAGCAUCGCCGAGCAUCACCGGCUGUUCUUCGAGAAGGACUACGGGGAGUACGUGGACGACGCGCUGGUCGUUAUCAAAUUGGGGCCGGUGAAUAAGAGGCACAUGACGCCGAUGUUGAGGUAUCUGCUGAAGACGAGGAUCUAUUUGGAGUGGCAUGCUGAUGAACAUAAGCAGUUGCUGUUUUGGAGGAAAUUGAGGAAUACUUUGGCGCCUCCGAAGACUGAACGUAUUACGGAAAUAACGCAUAUAUAAUUUGUUGUAAAUAAAUGUUGAUAUAAACAGUUGGUAUUUCGUUGUUAUAUACUUUUAAGGAUCCCACAGACCAACGCGAAACUUUUCCGCCGCGGAACUUUCGCG